CUUAUUUUCUGCUUUAUAGCAGAAAUUUCUUCAGUCAAACUUGUCUCUCCCUCUAACAUAGUGUUCUACUUAAACUGCUAUCUCAACAUCAAUAUUGUAGCAGCUAUCUUCAACUUCAUCAGAGACAAGAAAAAUGUCCGAGCCUGGAACCUCUCUAUUGGUGCCUUCAGUCCAGGAGCUUGCAAAGCAACACAUGAUCAAAGUUCCAGAGCAAUAUCUUCGUCCAAAUCAAGACCCUAUUAAUGUUGCAGCUAGCACAACCACUUCACUACAAGUCCCAAUCAUUGACCUAAAUAAAUUGUUAUCUGAAGAUGCAACUGAGCUAGAUAAUCUACACUCUGCUUGUAAAGAAUGGGGUUUCUUCCAGCUGAUUAAUCAUGGAGUCAAGCCUUCAUUGGUGGAAAAUGUGAAGAUAGGUGUUCAAGACUUCUUUGGUCUUCCAAUGGAACAGAAGAAGAAAUUUUGGCAAACGCCAGAAGAUAUGGAGGGGUUUGGGCAAUUGUUUGUUGUAUCUGAGGAUCAAAAGUUAGAUUGGGCAGACUUAUUCUUCAUCAAUACUCUUCCAUCAUAUGCAAGGAAUCCUCGCUUGUUUCCAAACAUCCCUCAACCACUCAGAGAUGAUUUAGAGAGCUAUUGUUUAGAGCUGGAAAGAGUUUUCAAUACAAUGAUUAACAGUAUGGAAAAAGCUCUUGAGAUGGAACCAAAUGAAGUGCUGAAGCUAUUUGAUGUUGUAUCUCAAACAAUGAGGUGGAAUUACUACCCUCCAUGUCCCCAACCUGAAAAUGUGAUUGGAAUAAAUCCUCAUACUGAUGCUGAUGCCUUAACCAUUCUUCUCCAAGUCAAUGAAACAGAAGGCCUCCAAAUAAGAAAAGAUGGGAAAUGGGUUCCUGUUACACCCCUCUCCAAUGCUUUUGUCAUCAAUGUCGGAAACAUUAUGGAGAUAUUGACCAAUGGAAUUUAUCGAAGUAUUGAACAUCGAGCAACAAUUAACUCGGAGAAAGAGAGGAUUUCCAUUGCCUCAUUUCACAGGCCUCUUAUUAAUAAAGUUAUUGGUCCAACACCAAGCCUUGUUACUCUGGAAAGGCCAGCAUUGUUUAAAACAGUAGCUGUGGAAGAUUACUACAGAGUAUUCUUUUCACGUCAACUGAAAGGAAAGGCAUUGCUUGAUGCGAUGAGGAUCGAGAAUGAGACUGGUAAAUGCUAAAAUUGGUAGUAUUGUGUUGAUGGAAAAAUGAAAUUUGUGUACUCUAGAAAUAGUUACACCACAUGUGUGGGUAGCUAAUGUGUAAUGUUCCAAUAAUUGACAUGGUUGGCUUGGAAGCUAUAAACCAUGAUGACAAUAAAGAGCGACCUAUUUUGUUCA